GAGUCGGCGACGACUAUGUCGCUAGGAAGCCGACUCCGGCUCUGAACAGAACGGGCAGGCAGUGGGUGAAAUAGGAGCGACCGGGAGGGUGAAUAUGUAGUUUAUUCCCUAUGGAGUCCAACCGCCGUUGGUUGUGCGGGAGAGCAGACAGUUAUUGACAGGGUUUGGUGUCGGGACCUGCUGAGAGGGAAGGAAUCACCCAGGCAGUGCUCGGGGCGGGGGGCAGUGACCGGGCUCGGGGAGGGGAGAACAAGGAGUUGCUGUAUCAUUUCUGUUAAGGUAUAUUACAUAACCACUGCCGGCGCUUUUGCAGUGCAAAAAAAAAGCACGACCGAUUAAGAUCUAGCGUUGGCUGCGUUUCCAACGUCAGUGCAUAGCUUCUGCCCAUAAGCCUAUCUUCAGUGUGCGCGUCUACAGUUAUAGCCUUGCAGCCUGCAGAGUCGGUUCCUGUAUUCAAAAUCAAGGGCUUUCGCAGAUCGAAUUCCGGCCCGAGACUUGUCUCCCAUCCUAUCCCCACCCGGUCUCCAACGCCGCAGUCAAUCCUCUUUCCUCCGACUCCAGUCUAUAUUAAUUGCAGCAUUUUAAAAGAACACAGCUGUUGCAAGAUGUCAUCUGCACCUAUUGACAAGGUAAAUCUGCGCCUUAUUUUAGUUAGUGGGAAGACGCAAGAAUUUGUGUUUUCACCAAAUGAUUCUGCUUCAGAUAUUGCCAAACAUGUCUAUGAGAACUGGCCUGUGGAUUGGGAUGAUGAACGAGUCAGUAGCCCCAAUAUUCUUCGGCUUAUUUACCAAGGAAGGUUUUUGCAUGGAAAUGUCACAUUGGGAGCCCUUAAGCUUCCUCCUGGAAGGAUGACAGUGAUGCAUUUAGUUGCCAGGGAAACAUUGCCAGAACCCAAUUCGCAAGGUCAAAGAAAUCGGGAGAAAACUAGAGAGAGCAAUUGCUGUAUGAUCUUAUGAAAAUGACUUGCCUUGUACUUUGCAAAGGCCAGUCGAAGAGCUGGUUUUUAGAGGAACUAUUAAGAAUUUGAGUCUUCACAUCCAAGUGAUUGGUAUUGACUUGAUUGGAGACACCUCCUAACUUGUGUAUUCCUCAUCAAUCCAUAGAAUAUUAAGGAUUUAUCCUAUUGAAGAUGAACUACUGCAGAACUUUCAGCAUCAACAUCUGUACAAAAGAGAAUGUUCCUGCUUUGCAGAAGCAGCAAUAACUUUGGAGCCAAAUCUCUCUGUAUUUACUUUUCCUAAUUACCUUAAACUGUAGUUAUUCAGUCUUCUUCACUUCCAUUUUGGAAGCAUUGAUUUAAUGGAUGCAACCCCUUCUUGUAUAUUAUCCAGGUGACUUCAUUGUGUACAGGUCUCGGCAGUCAAUUUUAACGGGCUGUUUGAUCACCAUGGAAACAUAGCUCAGCCUGAUGCUAUUGUCACCUAAUGUCCAAUUAUAAAUCUUGCAGCAAAAUCACUAGAAAAUGAUCAGGAGCGGGAACCCUGCUGCUAACAUUUCCCCUAUUGAUUUUGGAAUGAUGAGGCCAAUUGUAGAAAUUCCUGUUCAAUGGUAUGAAGUGUCCAUGGUGCUCAAAUUUGGAUUGCUCAGACAGAGAUGUUCUAACUUUGAUUUUGAAUAGGAGGUUUUUAAAUCUAAUUUCCUCCAACAGUUACCUCAGAUGGAGAACUUGGGAUACUAUUCUUACUCGGUAUAGCAAUGGUAAAAGUAUAGUUUAACUAACAUUGCAGCUAUUUCAGCAUGUGCUCUUGGUAAUGGAUCAAGUUUUUGAACAAAAGAAACUAAAAUGGUUGUGAGUGUGGUUGGGUAUUGUUCAACCUAAGAAAAUGCCAAGAAGAUACUGGAUGGUGGUGGAGAAAUGCUGCAUUUUAAUACCUGUUUAUCAUGUGCUGGUGCUUUGCAAUGUUCAGUUUAGUUUUGUCAGAGUCAAGUAAUCCAUGCUUUUCUUGUUUAUGGUUUGCAUGCCUAAAGUUUUUCGAAAGAAAAAUUGUUAAUUCUUAUAGAAUGAGAUUACUACUGUGCUAAAUCUCAAAGAUUUGCCCCACCCUUUCCCUCCACUCAUAUAGUUUAGAGUAGAAACGUGAAUGGUUUGGAUACUGCAUCACUGCAUUCCAGCUGAACUGCAUGAAUGUCUUACUAUAGGUUCUUGGAUUACUUAAGAUAAGAAAAUAAUCGUGUAGCUCAUAUUUCAGUGGUUUGGUACUCCUAAACGAAUGAUUAAUCCACGCUGCAGGAUGACAAAACCCCAAGCUGGUGUGGGCUGAACUGUAAAAAGUAGUUCAUGGCCCAUUACAUACUUGCAACAUUCAGUUUGAUCAUGGUUGACUUGGACUUCGUUUACAUAACCUAGUUACCUCUAAUAGCAAAGAGCUAUUAGUUUUAGUUUUACAGUUUCAGCUGACCCAGCAACGACAGCUAACUUGAUUCCAUUGCUCUGUUUGGUUAUCACUUUUAAAGGGCCUGUCACUUAUUAUUUAAAAUUGAAUCUAGAUUCCUCAAAAAGGACAGAGUGUGUCUUAAUCCACAUUGCCAAUUCUUUUUUUUUCAAACAUGUCGGAUAAUUUGCCUUUGCUCUUUCUAACAGCACUGAUUAGAAAUCAAAUUUAUGAAACCCAUGUUCAUAAUUUAAUCCUUAAAACCCAGUAUCAUUCUAAUAAACCUACAUAGCACCACUUCCAAAAACAGCACCUCAGCUGAGGUUCGAACAAGGCAAUGUACUGCCUUGGCUUCUAGUUCUGGGUUCGGAAGAUAUGCUGCAUGCCCCUGAUGGUGCUUAGCCCACUGCUCUAUAGUCUCUGCACCCACAACUGCGUGCCUAAGCACAGCUCAAAUGCAGUCUUUAAAUUUGCUGAGGAUACCACCAUUGUUGGUAGAAUCUCAGGUAGUAGUGAACAGGCUUAGAAGAGUGAGAUAGACCGGCUGGUUAAGUGUUAUCGCAGCAACAACAACUUCAGCAAGCACAGCCUCUGAAGGACAUCCAUUUAGAACAGAGAUGAGAAGGAAUUUCUUUAGCCAGAUGAUGGUGAAUCUGUGGAACUCAUUGCCAAGACGCCUGUGGAGCCCAGGACAUCGGCUGUAUUUAAAGCAGAGGUCAAGAUGUUAUUGAUUAGUAAGCACAACAAAGUUAUUGGCUGAAGGCAAGAGAAUGGGAUUGAAAGGGAUAAUAAAUCAGCUAUAAUGGAAUGGCAGAGCUGAUUCAAUGGGCCAAAUGGCCUAUGUCUUAUAGUCUUAUAACAUAUAUUUUCGAAGUCCAGUCCCCCUGAGAUAAAUGACAGUUUUCCAUUAGCCACUUUGCAUCUGUGUAAUGUCUUUUGUGUUUAUGAGGACAAGAGUCCAGUUCUUGCUCAACUGGUGGUCUUCCUGUUCAGAAUCAAAAUCCUUGGUCUUCCUAUACCCACAAUUGCUUGAAACUGGAUGCAAUAGAUCUAAUUUGCUGACCUAAAGUAUCAAGCACUCGUACAGUGUGGUCUAGUUAGCAACAAGGCUUCCAUUCGUUUCAAAAUACAUCAGUGAUUAUAAAAUAUUAAAAGUAAGGCAAUUUAAUAUUCUUUAAAUUAUAUGGAAUCAUCAAGAAAAAUGAGAGAGCCACUUGCCAAUCCUGACUUGGAAAUGCUUUACUGUUCCUUUAUUGCUAGAGGGCUUUACUCCUGUAGCUGCCUUCAGAGGGCUUAAGUGGCUCACCAUCUGCACCUUGAGAGCAGUUGGAGUUAGCCAAUAAAUGCUGGACUAUUGUGAUGCCUGUUUAAAAAAAACUGUAAAAUUAUUACAUUCUGAAACUAAACAUUUAUAAUUAUUUUGCUUUAUACUUAGUCACUCCCCCUUUGUUUCCUAAUUGAAAUUGAGCCUGAUUAAGCCUGUGCAAAAUUUAAGAUAGUUUUCUCUCCUAACUUCUGUCACACUUUAUAGUGAGUUUCUUGUGCCUCCAAAGCCUUGUAUUGUUUAUACUAAAAUUUUACACAGUGAAAUAGUUUUACCUUUUUUGGUGCAAAUGAGGCUUAAAUACAAAGACAGAGCCUGCUGAACUCUAAAUGAUUCUAAUCCUAACUUAUAUUUAUAAAUCAUCUUUAUCAUUGGUAAGAAGCAAAAGACAGUUUGAACCAGUACCAAAUUUGUAGUAAAAUUAGCGUCAGUGAUCAUCCAAGUUGGCAUUAAAUUCACCUUGUUUAAAAAUGAUUUUUCUUUCUGGAAUAUUGCAAUGGCUGAAUGGCCAGAUUGAAGUUUCAACACUGAGUUUUAUAUCUGGUCUGUGAGUCUGCAGCAUGGAUCAUAGUAGAGAUGAUGCAUUUGGUCUUGGUUGCUUUUUUUUAAAAUGAUAGAAGGGAACUUCAGUUGGCUUCUCACACCUGAUCUUUCUGCAGCACAAGGACAGUGUUUAUGUCCAUUUCAAAUAGGCCCACUAAAAUUUUGUGAUUGAUUUGUAUAUUUGCAAUAAACAACACUUUUAUAGCAAGUGUUAAAAUUUGGUAGUAAUAUGAAUACUUAAUCAGAAAGCAUGGGGUAGGGGAGGAAUAAAAGACCAAUUGCUUUAGCUUUUACUCUUAAUGCAUCUGCAUUUAAUUGAUUUAUGCAUUUUCAUUACUUCCAUUUUUAGGAUUUUGUUCACAUUUCUCUCUAAUUCCCCACUUGAAGCCUGCCCUGCAGGUGGCCGUCUAAUAAAAUUCUUGCUGCAUAAUGAGCAAAUGGAAAGUAGCUCAUAAAGAGAUUGCUUGCUGGAAUUCAGAACAAGUUUUUCACGAGAUAAGCUCUCAAAACCCUGAAGAAAUUGAAAUAUUGAGGUGUUUCUACUCUUCUGUUAUUCAGAAUUCCUGAAGUAGAAUAAUUAUUUAACUAAGGAAGGAACUACUCUUUAAUUACAUGAUGAAUAAUGUAUGACAUUUUAGUAAUUGAUUCAAUUUAACGGGUAUGUGUUGGUACAACACUUAUUUCUGUAGUUGGAUAUGCCUGCUUUUAAACUCUUGAUUAAAGAAUUUUUGGAGUUGUUAAAUGUAUAAAAGCUUAAAAAUAUAACCAAUGUAAAACUUGCUCUAAGGCUCUGAAUUGUCUGUACUGUAGUGUAUGCUAAAGGUUCAAGCAUAUUUACUGUGAUAAAAGUUUGGAUUUUUCCUCCUGACCAAAUAACUAUUUGUGACCAA